UUACUGGUUUAAUUAGACGUCGGUGUCGCUCUCUUGUUUGAAGUUGUUCUUUACCCAAACUGUGGGUCUAAGGACAGAGGUUGUCGCUAUGUGUACAGACUGUAAAACUCACUGUUUCACAACUGUUUCCAUUUUGUUGAACACAAGAUUGCAGCCGUUCAGUGUGUCAUUUUUUACAGCUUUGAAAUGGCACGUAGGUGGACUUUAUUACCCUGAAACAGACGGUUUCUCCCUGUUUUCAGAAAACCUUUUUAUUUCAUUAUUACUAUUGUUUUAUUGUUGUCUGAUAUCUGCUCUCUUUGCUGCACCGUGUUCAUCUUCAUCCACAUCCCUCUGCCAUGCACCUCCACCACUAGAUGCAGGUGACGCCCUCAGGCUGCCUCCCUGAUUCCAAAAACCAAUAUUAAACCUUGACCUACCAUGUGGAUACAGUCUGCUUAUACAAGACGUCUCCUCUGGGCACUUACAUUAGCUCCUUUGAGUAUUUGCCUCCUCCUAACCACACUUACAUAGAAAUCAUAUUUACCCAAUCAGGGACACUGCUGUUGUCCAGUGCUUUUGUCCCAUUUGAUUGGUUUUUGGUCUGAAAAUGUCCCCAAAUGUAGCCUAUGUGACUGAAGCAGACACAGUCACCACAUCAUAAGUAUAAAGUGCUUACUUACAGUACAUACACAGAUAAAUCUCAUAUAGACCUGAGGAGAAACACAUUGAGAGUUUGUCUUGGGCUCUUGCUGCCAAAAGCCAUACUCAUCUUUUUUCUCCCCCCAGUUCUUUUGUGUUCUCCUGCGGCAGAAAGUGACCUGUGACCGUGUAUGGUGAUGUGGGGACAUGAGGACACAUUCCCCCGCAGUCAUCAAUAAACUCACAUUUACUAGAUGUGCUUUAUUUCAAGGAUUUCACACUUCCUGUGACCAACUUCAUGACCCCCCCCAUACCACCUCACCCUGCCCCUGUAUACACCCUCGGCCAAGCCUCAAGGAGAUCAACCACAAUGUGCAAAAUGCAGAUACCAAGGCCUCUGCUGAGCUACUUUCACAGACCUGCCUCCACUUAAAUUAAUCUCUGGAUUAAAUACAUUAACUUAAUCUAUAUUAGCAGAUUAAAUUUCACGUUUGUAGUUAUGGCUCCCUGCAUUUUCUCUCUGCUGAGCUUGGUGAAAGUGUCUCUAGAUGAACUCAAAAGCAGACUUUCAGUGGAGGGAUUCUGGUUUGAUUGAAGGGAAUGGAGUUUCCAGUUCCUUCUGGGUAGUUAAUGUCAUGCUUCCUUGGAGGGUGGAUUUCGGAAUCAUGGUGCUUCCUGUUUGUUGUCACAUACGACAAACUGCCGAACAAGACGCUUGAGACUGAAACUGAUGCCCGACCGUCGAGGGAGUGCACUGUGCGGGCAGGGCGAUGAUGUGAGGACCGGAGCGCGUAAAUCUUUUAUCUGAGGAAUGGUCGCUGGCGAUAGUGGGAUUGGUGGGUUCCCCACUUGCUCCUGACCCAUAUUCCUGGGAAGACUGAUGUUGAGAAGAAGGCAGAGAAGAGAAGAAAAACGCGCGGAAACCAAGUCUGCGUGUGUCUGUCGCACUGGAGGUAAAACAAUGGAAAUCCCGGUGAAAGCAGCGAUGGCUCUCCUGAUUCUCAGUUUGGGAACGGCUUUGUGUGCAGAGGUAGAGGAGCGGCUGGUGAGUCACCUGUUGUCACCGGAGCGCUACAACAAGCUCAUCAGACCAGCCGUAAACAACAGCCAGCAGGUCACCAUCUUUAUCCAAGUGUCUCUGGCCCAGUUGAUCAAUGUGAACGAGAGGGAGCAGAUCAUGACCACUAACUGUUGGCUCACUCAGGUAUGGAAUGACUACAGGUUAAUGUGGGACCCUGAAGCGUACGAGGGUAUCAAGAAAAUCCGCCUUCCAUCACAGCACAUCUGGCUGCCGGACAUUGUCCUCUACAACAAUGCCGAUGGGACCUAUGAAGUCUCCUUCUACUCCAAUGCUGUGGUCUCCAACAACGGUGAUGUCGCCUGGCUUCCUCCAGCCAUCUAUAAGUCGGCUUGCAAAAUAGAAGUCCGUGAUUUCCCCUUCGACCAGCAGAACUGCACCCUCAAGUUUCGCUCUUGGACCUACGACCACACAGAGAUUGAUCUCAACCUUCUCAGCGAUUUUGCCUCGCGUGAUGACUUCAAACCCAGUGGCGAGUGGGAUAUUGUUUCAUUGCCUGGACGCAAGAACGAAGACCCUAACGACAUCAGGUACCUGGAUAUCACCUAUGACUUUAUUAUCAAAAGAAAACCUUUAUUUUACACCAUCAACCUGAUCAUCCCUUGCAUCCUGAUAACUUCCUUGGCCAUUCUGGUCUUCUACCUCCCGUCAGACUGUGGUGAGAAGAUGACUCUCUGUAUCUCUGUCCUUCUGGCCCUGACUGUGUUUUUACUCCUAAUCUCAAAGAUUGUACCUCCUACAUCUUUAGCAGUGCCUCUGAUUGGGAAGUACCUAAUGUUUGCGAUGGUGCUGGUCACCUUUUCCAUUGUUACCAGUGUUUGCGUGCUCAAUGUGCACCAUCGCUCCCCCAGUACUCACACCAUGCCUCCUUGGGUCAAGCGUGUCUUCUUGUACAGGCUCCCCUCUUACCUCUUCAUGCGGAGACCUGGUAGCUCCAACAUGCGCGAGAAGUUCCGAAAAAAGCACCAGCAGCAAUCAAAAUUGGACCAGAAGCUGUGCGGAGCAGAUGGGGGGACUGGAAGUCCUGGAGGAAUCGCAGAUUCUUCCUCAUCCUUCUUCAUCAACGAGGAAUCGGCCAAACCCUACGGCUGGAAGAUCAACGACUUGUCAGAGAACACAGAUUUCAGAAAGAGGAUGACGCUCAAAAGCAACAUUGAUGUAGAGGACGCGGUGGACGGAGUGCGCUACAUCGCUGAGAAGAUGAAGAGCGAGGAUGAUGAUGAAGGGAUCAUUGAAGACUGGAAGUAUGUGGCCAUGGUGAUCGAUCGUCUCUUUCUGUGGAUCUUUGUGUGCGUGUGUGUGGUCGGGACGCUCGGCCUCUUCAUGCAGCCCCUGUUCCAGAGCCAUAACACCCCCAUUGUUGAUGACAUGGACCACAACUGAAACUUAACAACGGAACUUUGAUGUCAACAUGACAUGACCCGGACAUGAAUUUUACAAACAGAGCCCUGAAAACAUUUGAACACAUAAAGUCACUCGUCUGCCUCACUUGGCACUCUCACUGGGAAAUGGUUACGAUGCUGAUUAUACUUUUUAGCAUUCAGUAAACAGCUGUGAUGGACAUUACACUUAUACUAAUGACACAACUUUGUUUCUGCCCCCACAUUUAAUUCCUUUUAUAUAUUUAAAAAAAAAACAAGUUUCUCAAACGUCAUAGUUUACGGAUUGACUUCCCAGUUCAUAAUCAUAAUCCAAAGUGGAAUCAGUAUAUUUGCAUUUCCCUAGGGUUUGAAACGUAGCAGUACAUUAAGAAAAAACCCUGUAACUGAAAGUUUAGAAGACACAAAAAAUCCAUAAUUACAUUAUAGGGCUAGCAUGUAUACAACAAGCCAGUGUUUUUUUUAUUUCUUUUAUUUCUUUUGACUCACAAAACAAGUCCAAAGAUGAACAAAGUUAAGCCUCUGCAGAUAUGGGCCUCACAUUGAUGACACAAUCCUAAAGAAAAGGAAAUUUGAGUGAAAGGACACAGUAAACACACACACAGACCUCACUGUGAGUCUGUGGUCGACAAACUGACCGAAUGUCAAAAGGUUACUGUUACAGUAGCUGUGUUUGUGUCAUUGCAGUCAUAACAGUCAGUAUCCAUCAUCUCAGAAACCAGCAACAAUAACAAUGCUCAGUAUUUUAUUCACUCUAACUUGAAGCAAAUGAACACUCUGGCGCUUAAUUUGCUUUGUCUUCCAUCAUACUGUAUCUUGUUUAAAUCAGCUUGACAUCAGAAACAUGACUUGAAUCUGUGUCCACUGCACAACCAUCAUACGUCACAAUUAGCCAAGGAAAAACAGUAUCACGCUAAUGCAGAAAUAUCAUUUUCUUUCAUAUAUUUUUUGAUUUGCAAAUUAAAUCAAACCGUUUCUUCUCUUUCCACCCACUGGACAAUUAUGUUAUGUAAAAUGUUAAGUUUUGUCCGUCUAGACAAUAAAUGCAGAGAAUUGGAACUGUGGAA